AUGGGGUCAAGUUAUUACAGUGAUUAUGGCAGUGGAAGUACUUCGGAGACGUUCUCACUAUGGGGCAGUCAGGAGACGUGGCUGCCACUUCAGAACCGCAUGCAGGAGGCGGGAAAGAUGAAGGAGAAAUCUGCUAGCUUUUCAGAUGUGACCGCUAAGCGCUCCAUAGACGACGUGCUUCAAGAGUUCCGGAUGAACGGCUCCGACUCUCCCUACGAUCCGGAUGAGGACGCUAUGAACAAACGAACUGGUCUAAUGGGCCUGGGCCCUGCAAGCGUUUACCUGCGACAAAAGUCAUGGCCGGCGCCGGAGCGGUCCCCGGUGAUAAAUUUACCGCAACCACUGCCCAGUCCAGCGCCAUGUAAUGAUACAAUGUCGUCGACAUCUUCCUCUACACUCAACGUUGAACAAACAGAAAUGCUCACACCUGAACAGCUCCGUGUUCUGAAGCGGGAAAAAUCGGCCGCCAUGAUGAGAAGCAUCCGCACUGCUUCUGGUCGUCGCCGCGCGAAAAAAUUAGCGCCAUCUAACAACGCUACAGAGUAUUAUGUAAGGUUUGGAGAGAAACCGCCAUCUGUUAUCCGAGACGUUAAUGUAUACAACAAAUACGAGCAUCCCCCGCUUGAUCCGAAUUGGGCUGCAUUGGAGAAAAGAUUAAUGUUUGAAAAAUUUUUUUAG